UGACACCCUCAGUCCUUUCAACCAAAGCGCCGACUCUACCUCUGUCAAUCCGACCUCCAUAACCAUUCUGUCGAAACCAUGGAACCCACGAUAGACCCGGCAACCGGCCAAUCCCUCCCAGGCGACGCCAUCCAGCGCGUCCUGUUCGUCGGCUCGACCGUCCACGUCUACAACAUUCCGCCUCUGACGAGCACAAAGGGCCACACCGCCGCGCAAUGGACCGCCGACGGCAACCAACGCCUGAUCUUCACAGCGCGCCUGCGAAUUUUCGAGACGGCCUGGGAGGACGAGUCGGCCGCGGACCCGAAAGACAGGGAGCGGCUCAAGGUCGACAUCAUCCUCGAGGAUCCCGCCUCGGGCCAGCUCUUUGCCGCCGCGCCGUACGUCUCCCCCGCCGUCGUGGAGCCCGUGAUCGACAGCUCGCGCUUCUUUGCCCUGCGCGUGCAGGAUCCUGCGGGCCGCAAGGCCUUCCUGGGCAUUGGGUUUGAGGAGCGGAGCGACGCCUUCGAUUUUGGUGUCGCUGUCCAGGAGGCGCGGAAGAGCCUGGGCAUGGAAGACGCAUCCGUUGCUGGUGUUCCCUCUCGGGGAGGAGGUGGCGCGAAAGAUCAAAAUCAAUUGGCGGCGACUACGCCAUCGAAGGAAGAGCCGAAGCGAGACUACAGCCUCAAGGAAGGGGAGACCAUCACCGUCAACCUGGGCGGCAGGUUUGGUCGGAGACGGCCCCCACCUGCGCAGCAAAGCGAUACACCUUCAGACAACCAGGACGUGUCGUCCUUUUCGCUUCCGCCACCGCCAUCAUCAGCCCAGAACUUCAAUACCACCGGGACGAAUCCGUUGUUGCCCCCGCCGCCUCCUUCCGGGGCCUCUGCCGUUCGAUCGCAACAGAGGGACAGGAAACGGCUGUCAGCUCAGGACCUUGGCUUCGAUGACGGCCAGUUUAACGAAUUCGCAUAGUUGUUUAGAGGCUGCGUUUUUCACACCCCAGAGUUUCGCCUCGUCUUGCACAGCGCCAUUGCACAGCAACCGUUACGCAGAUUCCGAAGAGAUGCCCAAGUGGUGGCCUGGCCUUGGAAACAUUGCGAUGCCAGCCUACCCCAAGCGUGGAGUGUGGAGUGUGGAUUUUACAAAGUAUACCCCAUGCAUGCUGCGCGUGUUCUCGUAAACCCAGACGAGCAAAGAAUCGAUUCCGCCUGCACACCCCUUAGAAGAAAAACAAGAAGAAAAACAAACCAACGUAAUCAUAUGAAAAGUAAUUCGAUGUAAUUUGUCAUUCUGCGAAGAGAAAAAAAAGCAGGCUCCA